AUGCCUAGAGGUAGAGGUGGAUUCAAUUCGGGUUACUUUGAAGAGCGUCAUAAACAUGGCCGAGGUGACGGGUCUGGUGGGAGUCAUCCACAUUCUUACCAAUAUGUCAAUGUUCAGAAUCCAAAUAGAAAUGUUAUGGACAAGCAUAUGCAUUUUGGGACGCAAAUAGGAAAUUCGAGACAUAAUGUUCACAUUACUUCGCAUGCAGCGCCAGGACAAGAUUCCAAUAGAAUGAUGAACUUUAUGCCAGAUCCAAGGCUGCAGCCAAAGCCUGUGCCAUAUGGUGGUAAUAAACAUCCCUACCCUUCUGGUGAGAAGCAAGACUUUAGGAGGAAUGAAUCCUUGCCGAAUGACAAAGGCAAAUACCUGAAACCACAACAAUCUGGAAGCUGUCAUUCAUCUUCUCCCCAUAUCAAUGAAAACUCAAUGAAUAGUGUUACAAGACUGAUGAAGGAAAGAGUACCAGAUACUAGACAUAAUGACAGGAGGAUAGGUGAACUUUCAAUAGAAGACCGAUUCGGUCAACAGUCCGCCUUUAGCAGACGUGAAUCGACUGUUGUUAGCGACAGCAACCAGCAAGACAUGAAUUUAGAUUCGCUUGUACAUAAUAUUCUCGACUCAUUUGAUGUCGAUUCUGCUUUCAAAGAUCAGUCUCAAACGAUUGAAGUGGAAGAAGAGCAGGAAGAAGAAGACUUUCCAACAAAAUACGCUAACUACCAGAGUCAAUUUGAGGAUUUUGAGCAACACGCUGUGGCAUUACCCUGUGACCCACACUUGCAUAAACCAAUAGCUUUUUCAGCACAAGCAUCAACGAUGCAAACUGUCCCGCCAAAACGAGAUACACAGCUAACUGCAAGAGUGAAACCAGAACCUCGAGAGAAAAUAACAGGUCCAGAAAGAGAUAACCUUCGACCUGAAAGUAACCUAAAACAAGCGCUAGAAGACAUUCGUCAGAGACAGCAAACUGCAGUAACUGUAUCUCCUUCUAUGUCUUCGUACAACGAGGCCAACAAACUAAAAGUGAGCAACAUUACCAAAGGCCAGAAUGCUUCUGAGCGCUCAUUGAAAACUCCACCAAACGUCAGUUCAAAUAACCACGGAAAAAGUCCUCACCAAUUACCUCAUGUAGGCAACCAUGCCGAAAUAACGCGUCGAAAGGUAGUCGAAGAUUCCGGAAAUAGAAGUAGCAAUAGAUCGAGCAGAAACGGCUCUCCGAUGGAUGGGCGUGGACAAAACUCUGCAGGGAAAUCCAUGCUGGGAAGUCCGGAAUGGCAUCGCCAAGUUCGUAUGGUUGAUAAUACUGAUAACGGCAGUAGGGAUUCACGAGAAAGAGAAAUGCGUAGAGUAAGGCGGAUAAGUCGAUCCCGAAGCCGAUCUCCACGACGCCCUCAUCGCUACUUUCGAUACGGUUCUCCGGAACAACGUCGUUCCCGGAGCCGUUCUCCAAUAUCUAAGCGGACCAGACGAAUUUCACCAGAAUAUCCUCAUCGCCGAUGGGGAGCAGGAGGGCCAAGACGGAAUUCACGUUCACCUGUUGGACCCAGAGAAAGGAAACGCUCACCUCCCGACAGCACUCGUCGUAGUGUUGUGGAACGUACGGUGAUAAUGCGUAGAAGUCGAUCCAUUUCCCAGUCGCUUUCGCGCUCUCCAUCUCAGCAGCGACAGAACACGAAAUGUUUCAAAGAUCAGCCUGAAGAGUCCAUGGAGCCUAAGAACAAACCGCCUGACAAUGUUGUUGUCGGUGCCCACCAGACUACGCAGUUGUUCACUCGAAAUUACGUUGUAGCCAAUCAAGUUGAUCGUGUUGCUCAGUCAACGCAACAAGUCGCUACACCAGUCGAUCCGAGAUACAUCGUUCCCCAUACUACUUUAUCUCAUUCGGCUUCCGUCAUUCCAUCUGGUAUGGGCUAUUACAAUCAACACUGUCAAACGCCAGUGCAGCAGCAGCAGCUAGAUAUGGCAUCGUAUCAACAACAACAACUUCAUCAACAACAACUUCACCAGCAACAGUUUCAGCAACAAUUUCAGCAACAGCAACAACUUCUUGUGCAGCAACAAUUUCAACAGCAGCUCUAUCAGCGACAUCUGCACCAACUAAAUCCAAACUCAGUGUCGCAACAUGUUUUGCCAUCGUCUUCGUUUCCUGCUAGUCAUCCUGCAGGCUUCGUUCACAGUCCGGUCGUACAGAACAUUCCUCCACCUCAAACAACCGUAUCCACUCCGACUCCUUCUACUUCAGCACCAGUUGUACCGGCCAACUCCGAAAGAGGAUCUGCCGAGGAACAACGCAUUCAAGUGGUACGCGAUGGUCUAUUGGAGAAACAAAUGAAUCUGAUCCAUCAACUUUUGGUUGUUCAAACGCAACAGGCCGACCUGGAAAUGAAACAGAAAACUGCAGAAGAAGCGGAAUACGAAAACUUUUCGAUGAAUAUUCUGGAAAAAGCCAAAUUUGGAAAAGAGAUGAUGGUUAGUGCCCAAGCGUUGGAAAAGAUUAUACUAAAGCAUACCAAUCAGCUAAAAGAGGAUUUUAACGAAAUCAAAAAGACGCGCUUAAGUAAUCGUUACAACUAUUACGAUCCUCAACAGCAUUGGUGCGAGUUGUGUGACGUCAUAACAGAUAAACUAAAUGACUACCUUAACCAUCUACAUUCAAAAGAGCACGAGGAGAGGUUACAAUCAACAGGAGUACCGUCUACACCGUGGCACAAAAAGCAUCCCGUAGUUCCAGAAGAAAAAGGAGGUAUCCGAAUUCCAUUCAAUGGAUUGCAAAAUCUUCAGCCAGUUAAGGCAUGGUACUGUGAGCUGUGCGAUGUGUGGAUGGGCGAUCUACAUUGUGCCCAGUUGCAUAUGACAUCUAGCGGCCACAAUGAGCAACAUCUCAAACGCAGCAUGGAACGGCCCGACUCGGCGCUAAGCCAAACGGUAAAGAAACAAGCGGCUUUGCGACGGAAUGCGGCUCGGAAGAAAGAAGAGGAACGGGUAAGAAUCCGGCAAAAAGAGGUGGACAGGUUAAAAAUGGAGGCUGAAAAAAAAGAAGCGGCAAGAAAAAAGGAAACUGAAAUGCUGGAAAAGCAACGUCGUAUUAAACAAAAAUGGCAGGAAUUCGUGAGGAAUGAGGAGGCAAGUAACACUCCGGUUGCCGAACUCGAAGGAGAACCUUCCGGAGAAAAGGAUGCAACUAAUCAGCUACCAGCCGAUGGCUCGCAUUCGACUGGUAUUCGACUCAACAUUCGUACUCCCAUAAUGUCUUCCAAAGUGACGGAGCAAAAAGAUUCCACCGAGAUCAUUUCGUCUAUGACAGAGACAUCUGAUUCUAUCGUAGAAAAAGACGUUGAUGCAGCGGAUGAAAUAGCGAAAACAAAUUCGCUUUCAAAACCAUUUUCCAUCCGCAAUCCAGUUCUCGACAAAGAUUGUUCUAAACAGCGAAUCGUCGAAGAUGUUCGAACUGAAACAACCGUCCUGAAACUAGCUGAGAAACCAAUCAGCUCCAUUGAAGGUAAUGUUUGCGAAGUUAUACAGACAAAUUCUUUAACCGUCACUGUAGGCAAAGACACAUCCUCCACACAUAUGCCAGAAAAUUGCAAUUUGAAUCCUUCCGAAAAACUAGCACCUCAUACUGUCGGAGCAUCAUCUAAGCUUACAGAUCUUCCUGAUGAAAAAGAUGUUAGUGAUCAAAUGGAUCCUGAACCGGAGACAGUUUGUCAAACGGAUUCUAUUUCAAGUUCCUCAGUAAAUGUUCAAGCGCAGCUAUUGGCCAUUAGUCAAACCGAUGCUUGUUCCCCGUCAACGGUACCCGUCUCAAGCGAAGCAGAUAGCGAAGCAGCUAAAUCCAAUCAGAAGCUGAUUGGUCAAAAACAAAUUCAUCAACUCGAUACAAAUUCUCAAGACCAUAGAAACUCUCUCGUAAAAGCUGUUAUGGAAGGCGACCAGAAAGAAUCCCCGAAUUUGAAUCAUUCAGGAUGCCGAAGCAAACGUCGAAAACGUACAAGACUUUAUUGUCCGUACGGAAUCCUUUCCAAUAAGUCGAAAAUAUCGGACAAGAUUUCCGAGCCUGCAACUUGUUCUCAACAACAUUCGGAUUUGAAUAGGGAUGAGAGUCAAGAGAAAACAUCUGCUAACGAAGAAAAUGGCGGGUUGCUUCCCAAACUCGAACCAAUGGAUUCCGAAGAUCCGACCAAUGAAUGUUGUGUCAUUCUAGAAGUGAAUCCAAAAUUGGACAAAAUUCCAGAGCUCAUUGAUCUAGAGUCUUCUGGUGAAGAGUCGAAUCCGCCGACCGUCGAGUCACGAAUGAGCCAAAACAGUGAAAACAAUGAAAGUGUCGAUGAAAAGUGCGAUUGUUUAUCUGAUGUUGCGAAUCGUUCUUCAACUCCAUGUGGCAUUCGGUUUAGUGAAUUUAUUGUUUUGAGUGAAACGCACGAAGACAGCUGCAUUGACACCGAUAGUCAUACAAGUAAUAAUUCUUCUUCUGAGACUUCUUCGGGGGAACGAGGAGUUGCUGUUAAAGAGGCGACAGCAGAUGAAGCUUCUACAUCACAAGUUCCUUAAUUUAGGUGAAAUUAUUUUCAGAGAAAGAAGACUUUCAUUUCCGUUUUUCACCUAUGGCGUUAAUAUUUUUGAUUACAUUUAAUUUUGUUGUCAGGGAUCUCAGUCAUUUCUAACUCAGGGAUUUCAUGUCAUCUUAAUGGUUGUUUAAGUUUUUGCGCAAGGGCCGAAAUUUAUAUUUCCAUAAUACACAGAAAAUAAACACAAAA